AUGAUUGUGGACUUCAGGAAGAGCACUGUCCCCCCGCCCCCACCCUCCGUGAUGGACUCCCCCAUCACCUCUGUGGAGUCCUUCCGUUUCCUGGGCACCACCAUCACCCAGGACCUCAAGUGGGAGCCGACCAUCAGCUCCCUCAUCAAGAAGGCCCAGCAGAGGAUGUACUUCCUGCGGCAGCUCAGGAAAGCCAAGCUGCCUGCACAGAUGCUGGUGCAGUUCUACACGGCCAUCAUCGAGUCCAUCCUCACCUCCUCCAUCACCUCCUCCAUCACCUCCUCCACACAGGAGCCGUCGCUGGGGGAGCAGGAGGCGUGGUUGUGGCAGGAGCAGGUGGAGGAGCAGCUGGGGCCGUACAGACCAGGAGGACACAGUGUGGUGCAGUCCUCUCCCUGA